AUGGGUAAACGGAAGAGCUCCAGCAAACCUCAGGGACCCAAGAAGGCUGUCCCUCUCCCUACGACCUUUACCUGCCUCUUCUGCAACCACGAGAAGUCUGUCACCGUGAAGCUUGAUAAGAAACUCGGCAUUGGCUAUCUGGAAUGCAAGGUCUGUGGCCAGAAGUUCCAAUGCGCCAUCAACUAUCUUUCCGCAGCCGUUGAUGUUUACGGCGAGUGGGUAGAUGCAGCCGGUAAGGGGAACCUCUUCGCGUUAUUUCUUGUGCGCGUGCCUUUGCGUCAACAAACGAUACGCCGACUGACACAAACUCCUUUAGAUUCCGUGGCCAAGGAGAAAGUCGAGAAUGAGACCAGUGGUGGCCGACUGGGCCUCGCCGAUUCGGGUCGCUAUGCGCCUGGCCGCGUAGGCCCAUCAUCGCGAGACAUUGACGACGACGACGAUGGCGGAGACAGACGAUACGCGGGCGAAGGCAUUGUGGACGACGAUGAAUACUGA